AUGGCGCAUUCAUGCGUGUCGUCUCUCAGAUUCACUUCCUCUCUCGUGUUCUCUUCUACAAACCCUAGCUCCUCUUCCUCCUCUGCCGAAAUUAGAACCCUCUCUCUGCCGUUCGAAUCACUUCGGCCCAGGAAAUUAAAAAAGAUAUUGUCCGGUAAGCGGAACAAUUUCCGGAGUUCUUCAGCGAAGGCUGUCUACUCCGGUGAGGUUUGGGAGGCCGGAAAGACUUCGCAGAGGGGUGUUUGGUCCAUUAGGGAUGACUUACAAGUUCCAUCUUCGCCAUACUUUCCGGCGUUCGCACAAGGAGGACAAGGACCACCUCCGAUGGUGCAAGAGCGGUUCCAGAGUGUUAUCAGUCAGCUUUUUCAAUAUAGAAUAAUACGUUGUGGUGGAGCUGUUGAUGAUGAUAUGGCGAACAUUAUUGUUGCUCAGCUUCUCUAUCUUGAUGCUGUUGAUCCUAACAAGGAUAUUGUGAUGUAUGUGAACUCUCCAGGGGGAUCAGUUACAGCUGGUAUGGCCAUAUUUGACACAAUGAGGCAUAUCCGACCUGAUGUUUCCACUGUAUGUGUUGGACUAGCGGCUAGUAUGGGGGCUUUUCUGCUCAGUGCUGGCACCAAAGGAAAAAGAUAUAGCCUUCCAAACUCAAGGAUAAUGAUCCAUCAGCCUCUUGGUGGAGCACAAGGUGGGCAGACUGACAUAGAUAUUCAGGCUAAUGAAAUGUUGCAUCACAAGGCAAACUUGAAUGGAUAUCUUUCUUACCACACUGGCCAAAGCCUAGAAAAGAUCAAUCAGGAUACUGAUCGUGACUUUUUCAUGAGUGCUAAAGAAGCUAAAGAAUACGGGCUUAUAGAUGGUGUUAUCAUGAAUCCUCUAAAAGCUCUCCAGCCUCUGGCGGCUACUGCAGACCAGUAA